AGUCUGCCGGUGGACAGCAUGACAGAGUAACUGCGGAUGAACCGCAACAUUAUUCCGGCGAAAUACUGCUCAAAUCGCGCCGAUGACAAUGCAUAAUCAAGCUACGAGGUUUUUCCGAUGAAUAGGGUUGGUACAUGUGAGGAAGACAUUAAAAUCUUUCAGAAAUGCAAGAAGAGAGCGGUUCUUCGUCAUACAGGCCUCUCGAGCCCGGCUGUCUAUUCGCAGGUGCCGCAGAGCGAAGAGAUGACCGGCCCGGGCACACCGCGGUCGAUUUCCCGGUAGCUGUAGUGCUGCCAGCCGGUGGCUCCGGGGAGAGAAUGGGACUGCCCACACCAAAACAAUUCUGCACGAUUCUCGACAGACCGCUGAUAAGCUACACGAUUCAAGCCUUCGAGAGAUUGUCAUGGAUUGGAACUAUUGUUGUUGUCAUUGCUAAGGAGAACCACGACUUGAUGCUGAAUAUUGUCAGAAAAUUUAAUCACACAAAGGUAAAAGUUGUCCAUGGGGGAACCACCAGACACAGGUCCAUCUUUAAUGGACUUCAGGCCUUCAGUAAUACUUCAGAUGACUCAUUGACUCCCAAACCAAAAGUGGUCAUCAUCCAUGAUGCUGUACGGCCGUUUGUGGAAGAAGACCUUCUUCUGAAAAUUACCUUGGCCGCUAAAGAGCAAGGGGCCUCAGGAGCGAUACGUCCUCUGGUGUCUACGGUUAUUGCCACCACAUCAGAGGGUUACCUGGACCACUCACUGGAGAGAGCAAAAUACAGAGCCAGUGAAAUGCCUCAAGGAUUUCUUUAUGACUUCAUUUUCCAGGCCUACCAGCGGUGCAGUGAAUUUGACUUUGAGUUUGGCACAGAGUGCCUGCACUUGGCUUUGCAAUACUGUGGCACAAAUGCAAAGCUCAUAGAAGGACCACCGACUCUGUGGAAAGUGACCUAUAAAAGAGAUCUAGCAGCUGCGGAGGCUAUUAUUAAAGAGACUCUUUCGAUGUCAGCUUAUAUCAUCACAGAAGAUGAUGCAGAAGCUGUAAAGCUGGCCAAAACACUCCAAAAAAAUCUGGCAACCCUGAAUAUGAUGGUGACAGACAUCAUUCCAUGUGCAAAGGAAAUUAAUUCAGACUCCUUGUCAAAAACUCUGAACUUCAUUCAGAUAUCCGAGAAUGGAUCAAACUUCUCAGGGGUCCUAGAAAUGGUGAAAAGUUUUGAGGACACAAACCACUCUCGUUUAUACCCAGUAGUUAUUGUUUGGGUUCAGCUGAACAUGACAAAGCAGUCCUUUGAUACCCAAAAAGCAGAUGAUUUAAAAUCCUUCAUGGGUCUGGCCUCUGAUGUCUUACAAGGAAAUAUUCUGCUUUAUGGAAUUCAGAUUGAUCACUCCAAGGUGCCUGAGCAGUGGGAAAGGUCUGUGGAGAGACUUGCUCAGAUUACGGUCGCUCUCAUAAGAGACAGAAACGCUGCUCUAACUGGGCAGAUGCUUCAAGCUUGAAACUACAGUACAACUAAGUAGUACAGUAUGACAGAUGGACAACCAGGAUAUGGCUGUGUGGAUCAGAAAGACAGCAGUUCAGCAUGUCAAAGGUCAUUUCAAACAGUUCAUGGUCAAGCAUUUCAAUUUUAAAUAAAUGACAGAUAAAGAUAUUGGUCCUUAUUCUUGAGGCAUGAGCAAAGCAAACUUUUGUGUACAUUGAAUUCAUAAAGCCAUGCUUAUGUUAUACAAAUGGAUUAAUGAACACAUUUCUGUGAAAAUCAUUCAUUUAUGAUUUACGUAGGCAUGUGUUCAACUCGUGUUAUAAAUAAGGCCCCAUUAAUGAGUGUAUGGUGGUAUAUUGUGAAGACUACAAGCAAUUUUGAAUGCAAAUUUGGCUUGCUUUGUCAAGGCAUACGCACAUCAACAAAGAUACUUGCACAAGCAAACCCCACUCGGAAUCCUUCAAUAUUUUUGUUUGUAAUAAAUAAAUGUAAUGCAAUUAAUGUAAUAAAUAGUUCUCUGGUUUAGCUCCUUUGUUUAUUCUUCUGGGGUCAGAUCAUAUUCAUAAACAUUUUUCUGUUACAUAGUAAAUGAUUUAUGAGUAAUUAUGGUGUCUCAUUCUGUGUCUUACUUUACAUGAAGUAUAAUCUCACGUUGUCUGUAUACUGUAGCUAAUGAAAUGCUGCCAUCUUGUGGAAGGGUAUAAAACAUGUUGUUUUGCCUUAUACUUCGCAGCUGUGUUGGAUAUGACAUCACAACACUAAAUCCUUAUAGUCAGACAUAUUUUUUUAAAUUGAUUGGAUUUAGUUUUGUUUGUUUUUCUUAAAUUUCUCUAAAUUCUCAAACCGGUCUUAUCCCUUACAAUAUUCUCUUAGCGUGUAGAAUAGAUUAUCUGAUUUUCAAAUGUACUUUCUGAAGCUCUAAUACACUGUUUUGCAUUUGAAUAAAGUUAUAGAUU